AUUCAAGUCUCGCCCUGCGUCACGUGAUUUGCGCUGGCCAAUCAGAUUCCCGCUGAUAGUGGCCCACUGCGGACCGAGCUGGAAGUUGGUAUCUACCCCGGGAGCGAGUGACGGGAGAGCGGAGAGAUGACCCGUGGAAACCAGCGUGAACUUGCCAGGGCAAAGAACAUGAAAAAAACUGCAGACAGCAAAAAGAAGCAAGAUGAUGGCUUGUCAGCUGCGGCACGAAAGGAGAGGGAUGCUCAGAUAAUGCAAGAGAAGCAGAAAAAGGCGCAGAUGAAAAAAGAAGAGCCCAAAUAGCCUCUGUGGGAUAAUCUGACGAAUGGAUGGAGAUCUAAUGAAAACCCCAGCUCCCUGACACAAACAUUCAACUAAAUGCUUCUGUUUGUUCCAAUGCAGUCUUUUCAGUGCAUUGUUUUCAACCUUCCUUUCUUUUAAUUCAUAAACGAGUAGCAUAGUUCCUCUUUGCCUCAUGUACAUAUUAUAAAUACGCCACUUUAUCACAAUCCUGAACAGCGUUCAGUCCCCUGUUUGUUUCCCUUUUGUGUUUUUCUAGCUGAUUGCAGUCUCCUGCAUGCUGAUCUAGCAUUGGUUAAGUCAGCUCUAGGAUGUACGUGUUCAAAGAGUUUACGACAGCAAGGUCCUUCAUUGAAAUGGAAGUUACCUGUCGGUUUUGUAUUUUCGAUGGACCGAGUCAAAUCUUAAAUAAAGUGACUUUUUUUCCGUGAA